AUGGGUGGAGCUUUCAAAGACAAGUUGGGUGAAGGAGGAUAUGGCUCUGUGUUCAAAGGAAAGUUGCGUAGUGGGCCACAUGUUGCAAUUAAAAUGUUAGGUAAAUCAAAAGGAAAUGGACAAGAUUUUAUUAGUGAAGUUGCAACAAUCGGAAGAAUACAUCAUCAGAAUAUAGUGCAAUUAAUUGGAUUUUGUGUUGAGGGGUCAAAACGUACUCUUGUUUAUGAAUUCAUGCCAAAUGGAUCUCUUGAUAAAUUUAUUUUUUCCAAAGAUGGAAGUGUAAAUUUAAGUUAUGAUAAAAUAUAUAAUAUAUCAAUUGGAGUGGCUCGUGGGAUUGCUUAUCUCCAUCAUGGGUGUGAGAUGCAAAUUUUGCAUUUUGAUAUCAAGCCCCACAACAUCCUGUUGGAUGAAAAUUUCAAUCCAAAAGUCUCUGACUUUGGGCUGGCAAAGUUAUACCCAAUAGAUAAUAACAUUGUCACAAUGACAGGUGUAAGAGGGACAAUUGGGUAUAUGGCUCCAGAAUUAUUUUAUAAAAAUAUUGGGGGGAUAUCCCAUAAAGCUGAUGUUUAUAGCUUUGGAAUGCUUUUGAUGGAGAUGGCAAGUAAGAGGAAAAACCUAAAUCCUAAUGCAGAGCAUUCAAGCCAACUCUACUUUCCAUUUUGGAUUUAUAAAAAUCUUGAGGAAGAGAAAGAUAUAGAAAUGGAAGAUGUCACAAAAGAGGAAAAGGAAAUAGCAAAAAAGAUGUUCAUGAUUGCACUUUGGUGUAUACAAUUGAAACCAAAUGAUCGUCCCUCAAUGAACAAAGUAGUGGAAAUGUUAGAAGGAGACAUUGGUAGCCUAGAAAUACCUCCAAAGCCUACACUAUAUCCGCAUGAAACAAUGACAAGGGAUAAAAGAAUAUGA